AAAGAAACACUGAGAGCAGCGGAGGUAGUGCAAGGCUACAAUUGGAGAUAAAAGUCUGGAUAUAAAUGCUCCAUCACUGGCUGGGGAAUAAUACCUGCAGCGACUGACAGGAGGAUACAAAAAAAAAGGGGGACGCAGCGAGAAGAUGGAUGUACAAACGGAGAACGUGGACCCCCCACCUUGUGAAUCGCAGCCAAGUGGAAAAAUCAGAAAAGGAUUCAAGCUGUUUGGCAAACGUAAGCCAGGUAACAUCUUUUCUAUUCGAAGCAAGGGGGAUGGAAACAACAAGUCACCUGUUCACAGGAGCAAAACACUAGAUGGAUUAUCAGAGAGUCCUGCACCAGAUUCUGAGCGGGAGCCGGACAAGGAAAAGGGACAUGAGGGGAGCGAAGCAGAGAGGGAGCAGGCAGAGGAGGAGCCACUUGGUGAAGAUGGCGUGUUGGCUGCCGCCCCUGCUCGCAACUCCAUUUCUUCAGCCAGCUCAGCCAAGUCCCUCAGCUUCCUGUCACUGCUGAGGGGUGGCAGGAGAGGAGUGGGGGACCGUCAAGUCCACACUGUGUCCCAGCCGGUGGGUCGGCAACGCCGUGGGCUGAAGGGCCUCUUUGGAAAUGUUAAGUUCAAAUCGAAAGAUAAAGAGGACAAGGAGGAAGUCCCUCCUAGUCCACUCCUCAUGUCAUCCCGUGCCAACAGCGUUGAAAUCAUCAAAGAGGACCUCACCCUCACACCUAAAUCCCAGCCUCGCUCUCUGGACAGCCCAGAGACAGAGAGCCGUGAACAUGUCAAGAGCUUGACAAUCCCGGACAGUGCAGCCCCAUCCCCACCAGAGCCCACAACUCCACAGGCAACAACAGGCAGCGUGAGUAAAACUAAUGAGAAUGUAGCACCAUCACCCACCUCUGAACCGCCACUGAUACCCGGAGACACUAGCCUGAGCUCGUUGCUUGCCGAUAUCUCUUCUCUCCUGACUUUUGACUCCAUCACAGGGGGUGGAGACAUCAUGGCUGAUGUGGAAGCAGAGUGGGGAAAAGCAAGCAGUGCUCUCAGUGCUGUGGUGACUGAGGUCACGCCAUCAUCCACAGCUCCCUUGCCCAAACCCAGUGUCUCCUCUCCACUCACUUUAACAACAUUCAGCACCGCUUUCACAGCAAAACCUUCUCAUGUAGCUGUUCCCACAACAACUUCGCCCCAGUCCUUUACUCCACUGUCAAAGGCAACUACAACCUCUUCCCCCUUUUCCAAGCCAAGCACCAUCAUCACAACUUUCACCAAAUCUUCCACUUUGACAACUCCUUCAGUCAAACUGAGCUCAGACUCUACUCCAGCCUCUGAGCCUUCUGCCAGCGUUAAAAUCAUCACAGCUCCAGCGCCCGCUACAACAAAACCCUCAACUGUUCCUGUAACUUCAGCUCCUAUGUCUUCCUCUUUGAUUACACUUAAAUCUACAGUGAGCUCCACCUCUACAACAACCACAGCUCCUCCAAACACCCCAGCCUCUGUAGUAAAGGCUCCCUCAGUUAGUCCAAUUCUUACCUCUACAGCUAGCAAACUGGCUUCACAGACUGCACUGCCUCCUCAAACUACUACUUCUGUAAGUAAACCUAGUCCUGUAGCUACUUCACCUCCUGUGUCCAUUAAACCUCCACCAGUAACUCAUAGCCCUCCCAUCCCUGCUGCUAUCACCCAACCUCCACCUGCUAAAUCAGAUUUAAGUAGCACAUCCUGCAAACCUUCUCUAAGCUCAGUUGCAGGAGACUCUAAAGCCCCGGCAACAGUAUCACCACCCUGUACGGUUACAGCAAAAUCGUCUUCUCCUGACCUGGGUGUUCUCUCAAAAACAGCAGUUCUCACGUCAACUGCAACCUCAGCCUCUGUAUCUGCAGCCCCUUCCAAACCUACGCUCACCUCUACCCUCACAGAACAAAAUAAAAGCCCUCCCUCACAUGUAACUGUUCCAGAUAUUUGUCUUCCCACAAGUAAAACCCAACCCAGCCCAGCAUGUUUCCCAACUCCAGCUUCAAUUUCUUCAGAUAAGCUUCCUCCCACGACUAAACUCACAUCUGCCCCAGUCUUGUUAGAUAAGACUCCCACACCAAUUCCAGCACCUACCACUCACACUGUAGUUUCUGCAGCACCUACUGCUCUGGGUCAUAUUCCAGUUUCUUUAUCUAAGGAUCAGCCUGCUACUGCUCAAACACAAAUUUCUCAAUCUAAAGCCCCUCCCGCACCUGUUCAAGUCCCAGUUUCUGUAUGUAAAGAUCUGCCUGCUCCAGCUCAGAAGGAGGCUCCUCAAUCUAAAGCCCCUCCUGCCCCUGCUCAAUUUCCAGUUUCUGUAUCUAAAGAUCUGCCUGCUCCAGCUCAGAAGGAGCCUCCUCAAUCUAAAGCCCCUCCUGCCCCUGCUCAAUUUCCAGUUUCUGUAUCUAAAGAUCUGCCUGCUCCAGCUCAGAAGGAGCCUCCUCAAUCUAAAGCCCCUCCUGCCCCUGCUCAAGUCCCAGUUUCUGUAUGUAAGGAUCUGCCUGCUCCAGCUCAGAAGGAGGUUCCUCAAUCUAAAAUGCCCCCUGCCCUGGCUCAGAUCCCAGUUUCUCCUGCCCCAAUUCCUGUAUCCAAACCCCUUUCUGGUUCUGAUCAGAUCCCAGUUUCUCAACCAAAAGCCCAUCCUGCACCGCCCACUGCUCCUUGCCCUGUCACUUCUUUUACUUCUAUCCCUUCACCUCAGCAAAGUGAAGCUCCAGCCUCUGCUAAGCCUAGGGGAAGUGGACUAGCGACAGUGGAUAGCCAACUGGCCGGUCCAAAUAGUAUAAGUGGGCAGGGAGUGCAGACUGUGCCAUCUAAAACAGAAGAACCACAUAAGGAGUCACGAACAAGCCUCCAAGAGCCCCCCAGAGAAAAGAGGACACAGGUCAAAGCAUCAGGGCUUAGCAAAAUCCCUGUAGUUGGAGGAAGCAGGGUGGGCAGGCUACCUGUCCGGGACAGCCAGCAACAAGUUGAUGAGGAACCAAACAGAAACCCACCUACACCCGUGUUAGAAGAAGAAAGACCCAAUUUCAACUCACAUGAUGCAGGAAACAAAGAUAAAAUCAGUGCCGUGGAAGCCACCUCAAAACACAUCCCGGAGGACAGUCAGCAGCCUCAACAUCCAAAAGUUCUCGUCAGUUCAACACGUGACUCAAAGAUCCCAGUGAAGCAUGGCGCACAGACUCACACUGCCUCCCAAAUCCCUCAGAAUAAAGAACCCCCUCGCACUAAGAUACCUGUGUCCAAGGUUCCUGUCCGCAGAGUUGGUAAUAAACCUGGACACGCACUCAGGAAAGGUUCAGGGUCACACCUGAACACAAAGCAGCAUCAGUAACAAAGGAUAAGCAAGAUAAAAGGUCAUCUGGGAACACAGUCUCACAUACACACACAUAGCCUUUCACACAACAUUGGGCGAGUGCCUUUUUAAGGGUGCUUUUCCUACAGACUGUCAGAAAUUUUUUCAGUCUUUUCUACAGUACUUUUAACUUUUGUUACUCCCACUUUUUGUAGGAACCUUCAAGUCUUUUUGUCUUUCUUUCCAGCAAGUCUCUUUGAUAAUAGCCAGUCCCUUUACCUUUUAUUUAUGCCAGGAGAUGAACCAGAGGAGCUCUAUAAAUAAAUGCAACAACCAAAUUUACAUUCCACACCUUUCUCUGGAUGUAUGUAGCAGAAAACGUGCCAUGACGUUUUGCACAACAUGUUGAACUGUACAGCGCCUGUGUGUCCGCCUGCUCAUAUGUAACAUACUCAGAUCUCACUGUGAACUAUGGGAGGGACUGCGGUUUUGAGGAAAGAGCGAUAAUAACUCCUCGCAAUGAAAUUGACAGUGGAGAGCAGCCAUUAAAAAUGGCAUUAUGAACAUUUGAGCAAGACAGAAAGGAUGGUGGGAUGAGAUCUCCAGCUCAUAAACUGGCACAUCUUUAUUCCUAUCCCAGUUAUACUUGGAUGAGAAGAAUAUCUCCGUGUAGAGACUCAUCUAUGUUGUCCUGUUUCCUAUUUAAUCAAUAAAAUAAUAUGAGUA